AUGCUAAUCUCUCUAACCGUGGCUGUGGAUGCCCUAAAACCUAUCGUGCCAUGCUCCCUGCUCUCCUUAUCAAUGGUUCCAUUCGCCUCUUGUGCCAUUGUGAUCGGCGGAGCUUCUUGGAUUGUGCCUAGUCAUAUCGCUCAAAAACUAGACAACAUGCUCUAUAAAUCGUACAUGCGUCUGUGCCUUUUUGUAUUCGAAAAUCUAUCCGGAGUAGAAAUCACGGUAUACGGCUCCAAAGAGGUCCUCAACAAAAGUGGUGCUCCGGAAAAUGCACUUUUAGUCUCGAACCACCAGUCCAACGUGGAUUGGAUCAUUCCGGUGAUGUUGGCGGCGAGGCAUGGAGAUGGAGGAAAUGAACAAGCGUUUCGUGUGAUGGUCAAGAACUCGAUUCAUCUGGUGCCAAUGUUCGGAUGGUAUAUAUUCCAGCAUGGGUAUAUCUAUGUGCGACGAUUCGGAGAGUUCAUUGGAGCACCGGUUCUACGGCAGUUAAACUGGUUGAACCAGUCGAUGCCCCCAUAUUGGUUGUUGAUUUUCCCUGAAGGCACUCGUUUGACAGCGAAGAAGAAGAAGUUGGUGAAGAGUAGCAAUCAGUUUUUAGAGUCGAAUGGCCGUCAGCCGAUGCAGAAUGUUUUGUGUCCGCGCAGUGGCGGAUUACAAUUGGCACUCGACAAUUUGUCGACACUUGACGCUAUCUAUGAUGUUACUGUAAUGUAUGGACAAAUGAGGGUGCCGGAACGACGUGGUAUGGCACCGGGAAUGUUUGAUUUCUGUUGCGGACCACAAACUUUCAAGCAUCUGCACAUCCACUUGAAUAGGAUUCCAAUUGAACAGGUACCAAAAGAGAAACUAUCGCUGCGCAACUGGACCAUAGACAGAUUCGUCGAGAAAGACAGAAUUAUUGAUGAGUUCUAUUCGGAUUCACCGGAAGGAGGAACACCACUUCCAUGUGUGCCAAUCUCGCAGACCCUUCCAUCCACCCUAUUCUUCUCGGCUGCCCUUCUCGCCCCAUUUUUCAGCAGGACUAUUGGAAGGAUAUACUUGCUUACCAUUGCCUCAUCCCCUCUUCUUAUUGCUUGGCUUCAUAUCAGAAAAUGUGUAUAG